AUGUCAAGUUCUUUUGAAGCAUUUCAGCAUAUAGAAAAGGAUAAGAAAACAGAAGAUAAUUGUUCAGCAAACAAUUGUCAUGUUGAAAACUUACAAAAUUCAAAUUUCUCUUCCGUUACCGGAACCGUUCCAGAAUCGCUUAUAGGUAAUACAGGUAAUGCAAAACUAUUAGAAGAACGUCUCAAACGUUACGAAGAUGAAAGAGAUCAAAUUAGUACAAUCACUAAUGUUGAAAAUGCGAUGAGCGUUGAUCUCUGCUUCGUUUUAGAUUGUACACUUUCUAUGAUUGGUUAUAUUAGAGCAGCGAGAAAGCAUAUAUUAAAGGUGGCUAAUUACGUUAACAACAAUAAUUCAAAUAUUAAAUUCUGGAUUGGCUUCUGUGGAUAUCGUGAUCACAAUGAUCGUAAUCGUUUACAAAUUUUUGAUUUUACUAACUCUCUUGAGAAAUUUGAAUCAUAUAUAUCUAAUAAAGUGUGUGCUCAAGGUGGCGGUGAUAUUCCAGAAGAUGUCCUAGGCGGUCUUAAUGCAGCGAUAACUACGAUGACCUGGAGCAAUGCCACCCGUAUACUUAUUCAUAUUGGCGAUGCACCACCACAUGGUCGUCGUUUUAGUAACAUAAGAGGAGACAGAUAUCCAAAUGGUGAUCCGAAUGGUCUAACCGCUGAAAGUGUACUAAAAGAGAUGCAAUCAAAAAACAUUUUAUACCAUUUUGGAAAAAUUAAUAAUUCUACUGAAAUUAUGCUUGGCAUAUUUCGUGAAAUAAUUGGUGAAUUUCCUGUAUUUGAUCUCAAGACUACAGGAAUGAACCCUUCAACAUUAGUUGAUAAAUUCUGCAAGGCUACUUGUUCUGCCAUCUUUUCUUCUGUCACACUAACCACUACUUUAAGAAACUCGAAAAAGAAAACAGGAGAAAUUCUAUGCUAUAUUCCACCUAAAAGUCUGGCUGAAAUUCAAGAUGAUCUUUAUUUUAUUAAUUCAAACUUUACUGUUCAAAACAUAUCUUUUAAGCUUGCCCCACAACCAUUCUCGGUUG